AUGACUUUUUGUAAUGGACGAUUGAUUGAAGAGGAACACUGGCUUGCUCAAGCUAAACAAGAGUCACAAAUCAAUAGACAGCUAAGGCCCCAGUAUGGUGUUGGGCCCUGUGUUAUUUUUAUUCUGGAUACAUCUGCAAGCAUUCAAGGGCAAGGUUUCCACGAACUUAAAGAUGUUUUUAAAACAAUCAUCGAGGAGUAUUCACGUCAUCCUGAUAUAGAUGAAAAUGUAGCAGUUAUUGUGUGUGGUCAGACUACGAAGUUUCAAAACUAUUAUACGAAUCAGUAUCAUGAACUUAUUCAUUGCUUGGAUGGAGUUGAGUGUGAAGGAUUAUCGCCCUUAGCUGCAGGACUUCUGCUUUCUAUAGGAGCCAUCGAAGGGGGUGCUAGUCACACUCGGGUCAUUCACGAGUUUCAUUUAAGAGCCCGGAUUGUAGUUAUGUCUGAUGGAAGACCCACAGACAUGAGGAUGAAGGGAGAAAUUGAUGAUUCAGAGCUUUUUGAAACAGAAAUAACAUUUUUAGAAGCUUUGUCAGCAAGAUCAAAUGGUGGAAAAGUUGUUUAUCCUCACGAAGCCCGACGGUUUGCACGUUACAGCACAUAUGUGGAUCAGAUGUUAGAAAUUUUUCGUCGUAGACACACUUUCAUAUCAGACAUAUUAGAAAUUGCCUCCGAUGACGACAUUGAUGACGAGGAACAUUACCAAGAGCUAGACGCCAGUAUGCCUCCCUUGGGAACCCGAGUUAAGAGAGGUCUAACUUGGAUUUGGAAGAACCAAGACGCAAUGGGACCAGGCACUGUAACUGGGCAUUCAUUGUUGAAUGCUGGUUGGUUGUACGUUUGCUGGGAUCACGGUCUGACAUUUAAUUAUCGAUAUGGGGACAGAUUUUCUGACGUAGAGGUUUGCGAUGAACCAAGAAUUUUAUGCGGCAACGAAAUAAUUGCUCCGGGGUGUCUUGUUCAGAGAGGACCUGACUGGAAAUGGGGCAAUCAAGAUGGAGGGUCCGGUACCGUUGGCAUGGUGUAUAGAGUGACAAACAACUCAACUAUUUAUGUGAGAUGGCCCAAUUCAGUAAGAAGUAAUUACAGGUUUGGUUAUGAAGGAAAGUACGAUGUACAACUUUGUGAUCCCUAUACAGAUGGAAAAAAAUCUUUCAGAAAUCGUGAACGAAGGUAUCAACAAGGGAGAGGGGCAUGCAAUAUAUUUAUACUAGACACGUCCUCCAAUGUGGGAGAAGAGGGGUUCAUACAAAUGAAAGAAACUUUCUUCACUAUCAUGGAUGAAUAUGCAAAACAUCCAGGCAUUGAUGAAAAUGUUGCGGUGGUGAUUUGCGGGAAAAUAACAGCAUUCAAGCAUUACUACUCUAAUCGAUACUCUCGAUUAAAGCAUUGUAUCGAUGAUAUCGAGUAUGGUGUACCCUGUCCUCUUACUGCAGCUUUUAUUUUAUCAGAGGGAGGAAUUGUCAAUGGUGCAGGUUUUUAA